AUGUCAAUUUCCCAAGUCAAUUCGGAAGAUAUUACUACUGCUACCACAAUAAAUUUAGGUGAUGAUGAUAAAAUUAGUGAAGAAGGAAAUAAAGAAUCUAAAUUAGAAAUUAGUUUUAAAAUUUUUAUUAAACUUGCGUAUGAAACUUUUAUACCAACAAAACAGUACAAAGAAAUUGCGUAG